AUGGGUGACCAAAGGGAUCCACGUGAAUUCGAAGCAGUAGAGAAGCUCGAAAAGCUCUGCGAUGCCUUGGCACGUCUGCCCGAAGACGCGCGGAAAGAGCUGCGCUCCGCCCUGCUAGAAGAAGUGGAGCAGCGCCAGCCGCGUAAGGUCGCGGGCCUCCGCAGGGGCCUGGCGGAGAGCCUGGAGGCGUGUGGGGAGGAGCUGGUGGAGCGGGAGGAUGACUUUGACGAGGGCAUAUACGAGGAGACCUCCAGGACUGUGCCGCGCUGGGUCGCCCAGCGGCACCAGAUUGGGACGGAGCGCCGCCCCGACUCCAAGAAGGAGAUGCUGCGGCCGCGGGAUGAAGCCAAGCUCCCCCUGGAGCAACUGGGGCUGGGCGCAGUGUGGACCCCCCGUGCCGAGUGGACGCGGAGGCUGCCCGCCCUCCUGCCGCGCCAGCGGGACAUCUCGUGGGGCAUAUAUGCCAACCCGGAGAGCCUGCGCCGGGAGCUGGGCCCACGCUGGGCGCGACGGCGGCCCAGCGGGGACGCGCAGGGCGCCUUCUGGAACGACGUGAUCCAGAGCGCCGACGCGGUGGAGCUGACGCUGAUGGCCGUGACGCACCGGCCCAUGGCCAUGCCCGCCCUGCGGGACGCGCUGACGGGGGGGCUGGGGUCCAGCUUUGCCGAGCUGAGCCGGACGCAGGGGGCGCCGCCGGGCGCGGAGCUGGAGCUGGAGCGUUUUGUGACCGCGCUGACGGCCAAGACGCCCACCGAGGAAGGCAGCCUGGUGUCCAGGCUGCGGCAAAAGAUGCCGGACGCCGUGAACCAGCUGGUGGAGAAGUAUGUGCCCGCGCCAUCCAAGCAGCUGGCGCCCUACGUCCCCGCCGGCACCAUCUUCAUCUUCACCCCCCGACCCCAGAACCGUGGCCUGGUGGUGGAAGUUGUGACGGCAGACCCGAUUGCCACGCGCAAGUCCUGGUUUGCGGGGAGGACCGCGAGCCCAUUCAUCCUCCGCGCUUUCUUCAACGCCUUUCUGGGCGGGGGCGCAGACCCGCUGGGCCGGGCCAAUGUGGGCCGAGGCAUCCUGUCCUGCCUCACCACCAAAAUGCCGCAAGCAUCGCUCCCCAGCCCCACGGAGGGCGCCACCGGCGCACCGCUGCUAGGCGCGGGGUGCUGA